AGCUCGGAGGGGAAGGAAGGAGACCUCUGUUGCGGGAGAUACUGGAAGAGAGAGAGAGAGGCAUAGAAGAAGCGCGUGGAAGUGGAGAAGCUAUCAGUUAGAAGGAGGACGUAGGAGAAGCUCCACGUUGUUUUCGCUGGAGAGACACAUUUGCUUUCCUUUAUUAUUUGUCUAAUAGCGGAUUUAGACUCGGACUGUGCCUUUAACAGGAACAUUUAAUUCCGGAAUAUAAAUGCACAUAAGCAUACAUGUUGUAAACACGUGUGUGUGUGUGUGUUUACAUAAAUGCACCCAAGGAACGGACCUUCCACUUUUAUUAUUUGACAAACUUCUAUCGGACACGGAUACUUGCAACCAGUGAUUUUUUUUUGAAGUUAUUGAACGUUAAUAACUCCAUGCAUUCGUUCACAUGUGCGUUUCCGAAGCGCAGCGUUACCCAUCAGAAUGGAUUUUGGAACAUUAAAAAAUGAUUUCUUGUAAGUCUGAGUGCACAGUUUGAACAGAAGACGCAGUGACAACAAACAACUUAAAGCGCAAACUGGCAUUUGUAUGUGGACUUACUGGACAUUACCAACUCCUGUUUGUUUCUCACAAUCUGUGGAGCAAAGGAGGACUUUUAGACUUUUUAUCUUUUAAAGAUUGAGGAAGAACGGGUGAUUUGUCCUGCCUGGAAAAGAUGGAUUUAUCAACAUGGCUUUGUGUGUGUUUACUGCCACUUCUCGCAAGCGUGACAGUCACAGCAGAGGAAGGAGGGUCUGAGCAGUGUGGGGGCUAUCUCGAUGCCAGCGAUGCAGGCUAUAUCACCACUCCUGGGUACCCGCUGGAGUAUCCACCCCAUCAGAAUUGCCGUUGGAUAAUCACAGCGCCAGAACCUUCUCAACGCAUCGUACUCAACUUCAACCCACACUUUGAGAUUGAGAAACUAGACUGCAGGUAUGACUAUGUAGAGAUCCAUGAUGGGAACUCAGAGUCCGCCGACUUACUGGGAAAGCACUGCAGUAACAUUGCCCCAGCACCAAUCAUAUCAUCUGGACCCUCCCUGCACAUCAAGUUUGUGUCGGACUACGCCCACCAAGGGGCGGGUUUCUCGCUGCGCUACGAAAUCUUCAAAACUGGUUCAGACUGCUCUAGAAACUUCACCAGUCCCUCAGGUCUCAUUGAGUCUCCAGGAUUCCCCGACAAAUACCCCCAUAACCUGGAGUGCUCCUUCAUCAUCAUUGUGCCGCCAAGCAUGGAUGUGAGCCUCACUUUUCUCACCUUUGACCUGGAGAACGACCCCUUGCCUGGAGCCGAGGGGGACUGCAAGUACGACUGGCUGGAAGUUUGGGAUGGACUUCCUGGAGUGGGCCCACUGAUUGGUCGCUACUGCGGGACCAUGGUCCCUCCCGAGAUCCAAUCAUCCACUGGCAUUCUCUCGCUGUCCUUCCACACUGACAUGGCUGUGGCUAAAGACGGCUUCUCGGCUCGUUAUAACAUGACGCACAAGGAAGUCAGCGAGACGUUCCAUUGCAGUAAUGCUUUUGGUAUGGAAUCUGGCAAGAUCACUGAUGAACAGAUCACAGCUUCAUCAAGUUUUUAUGAUGAAAAUUGGCUGCCACAUCAGGCCCGACUCAACUACAACAACAAUGGAUGGACACCCAAUGAGGACAGCAACAGAGAAUACAUUCAGGUGGAUCUCUACACGCUGAAGGUGAUUACAGGCAUUGCCAUGCAGGGUGCCAUUUCCAAGGAGACACAGAAGUCAUACUAUGUGACUACUUUCAAGCUGGAAGUCAGCACAAAUGGAGAGGACUGGAUGGUCUACAGACAUGGCAAGAAUCAUAAGGUCUUUCAUGCAAAUACUGAUGCCACUGAAGUGGUUCUCAAUCGGAUCCCGCAGCCCGUUCUGGCCCGCUUUGUGCGAAUCAGACCUCAGUCAUGGAAGAAUGGCAUCGCACUGCGGUUUGAGCUUUACGGCUGUCAGAUUACUGAUGCUCCCUGCUCAGAGUUGCAAGGCAUGCUGUCUGGACUUCUGCCUGACUCGCAGAUCUCGGCAUCCUCCAUGAGGGACAUCCAUGGCUCCAUGGGCGCAGCCAGGCUGGUGGCAAGUCGGUCAGGCUGGUUUCCCAACCCAACACAGCCCAUAGCUGGAGAGGAAUGGCUGCAGGUGGACCUUGGUGUGCCCAAAAUGGUGCGUGGAAUCAUCACCCAGGGUGCAAGAGGGCUGGAGGGCAGCACCAGUGCUGAGAACAGAGCAUUUGUCAGGAAGUACAAACUGGCUCACAGUUUGACUGGAAAGGAUUGGACAUUCAUCACUGACAGUAAGACAGGGUUUGCAAAGAUUUUUGAGGGCAACAGCCACUAUGAUACCCCGGAGGUACGUCGGUUUGAUGAGUUAAUAACUCAGUACAUCCGAGUUUUUCCCGAGAGGUGGUCCCCUGCUGGGAUUGGCAUGAGAAUGGAAGUCCUUGGUUGCGACCUGCCAGAAACGACCACUGUACCUGACACAGCGACCCCGACUCUGCCAAGGGUGGAGCAGUCUACCGCAGCAAUGAGACCUGCCACCACGCCGUCGCUGUGGGCCGUAUGUGACUUUGAACAGAGCUUGUGUGGCUGGUCUGCUGAUCCCCAGUCAGGUGUCAGCUGGUCCCUGCACACCGCUGGGAGCAGUUCUGCUGGUCACGGCCCACAUGAAACCAGGCUGGACCUGACACUGGGAUCAGAUAAUUUCUCAGGGAACUACCUUCAUUUGGAUGCGGGGUCCCACACCCAGCGCAAGCGUGCCAGGCUCCUUAGCCCUGAAGUGGCUCCUGAGCAAGGCCCACUCUGCUUGGUCUUCUACUACCAGCUUCAAGGAGAAGCAGUGGGGAGUCUGAGGGUCCUGCUGAGGGACAGCGAUCUGGAGGAGACCUUGCUGUGGACCUUAAAAGGAGAUCAGGGGCCACACUGGCGGGAGGGCCGCACCAUUCUUCCCCAAAGUCCCAAGGAAUAUCAAGUGGUGUUUGAAGGCUUCUUUGACCAUCCAACCAGAGGCCACAUCAGAAUAGACAAUAUUCACAUGAGUAACAGCAUCAGCCUGGAGCAGUGCACACAGUCUUUUCCUCCAUUGACUCCUGACAUAACAAAUCCCAGGCCAGUAGAUUUCGGAAAAGAACGCGACUUCAACAAGCCCUCUCUGAAUGAAGAAUAUCUAUUCCCCGGGUGGCCCUCCUCCUUCUCCACCCCGGCCACAGCUGACGUAGACCCCCCCUCUGUCACCCUGGUGUCAGAAAAGGACAAGGACAGUGUCUGGCUGUACACCCUGGACCCCAUCCUGCUCACCAUCAUCGUCAUGAGCUCCCUGGGCGUCCUGCUGGGUGCCAUUUGCGCCGGACUGCUGCUUUACUGCACGUGCUCCUACAGCGGUCUGUCGUCACGCUCCUCCACCACGCUGGAGAACUACAACUUCGAGCUCUACGACGGCAUCAAGCAUAAAGUGAAGAUAAACCAGCAGAAGUGCUGCUCUGAGGCCUGAGGAGGAGGACAACACGGCAGAAGGAAAUUGAUACCAUGUUCCCCCGCCCUGCGACUGAGAAACAUGACAAAGAAGCACUAUCCGUUGUUCAAUGCCCAGCAGCGCUUACCCUUGCUUGGAUUUGUGAGUGCUCUUUGUGUACCAGUCGGAACUCUGACUCCUAAAUCUCCUCCGCCUGUAGGAGAGCGCCUGCUUGCUUCUAAACGCCUGACAAAGAAUGAAUGAAUGGUGUUGAUUGACAGGUGCUUCACUGACUGCAACGUACUGAAACAAGCACCCACGACAAUCUGAACGUUUAGGCCUGGAAGGGUGGCGUGAUCUUGUGAAUGAUGAACUCCACGAGAGAACGUUUGAGUGCCAAACGAAGACACGAAACCAAGUAAGAUACGUUUGAAAGUGGACAACCAAGACAGCAUGCUGAAACGGAAGCUGUUGAUCCAAGUGGGUACUGAAAUCGACACAUAUCAAGUCAAUGCCUUUCUCCUAAAGAUCAACUCCCAAAUGGAAAAAUGUUACUUUGCAGGGAAAGAAGGAUGAAAAAGGACAUUUUCUUUCUUUCUUUUCAGUUUUCAGUAUGAGUUCUGUGCGUUUGUUAGCUUGCCAAUCGCGUGUUGUUUUCCACCCUCUGUGUGCGUAUUAUGAAACCAGUGGCAUAGAAGAGUAACGACGGCUGUUUUUGUUCCGUUUUUUUUUUUUUUAGACUUUUGAGAAAGUUAGGAAAACACAGCUUCAGUUAGUAAAACGUUCUUAGACUUUAUUUAGCAUUGUGUUGGAAUUUUGGCAAAUCAGAAAAUCUAAAUGGAAAAUAGUGUUAUGGAGUUGUGCUUUAGAGUCUAUAGUUUGUCUAUACACUAUAGAUAUAUAUAUAUAAAUAUAUAUAUAUAUGUAUAAUUUUGUUUUUCAGACUGUAUGAUGCCCAACUGAUGACACUGUGUGAACUAAAUGUCAAUGAUGGUUUUGUUGCAACCUAUGGAUUGCCAAAGAGCUGUGUCGGUGCACGAGGGGACAUCUGCUGCCCUCAGUGAUAGAAACGGAGAAUAGAACCUUUCUUGGACACACAAUCGAGCCUUAAGCUAACCACAGAAUACGCUGUAUCGGAGGACAGCCAUCGAGGAGGGCCAGUGCCGGAUGAAAGUGAUGGGUAGGAGGAGUAGAUGAUGUCAUGCUUACAUGCAGGAAGAGCCUUGUCCAGAAACCUGGUCAUAUAUGCACCUCAUACCUAUACAGGGGAUCCCCGCACAUUUCGGAUUGGGCAUUCACGGUACUGCAAAUUAGCGUGUUCCUGACGUAAUACGGUCACGCAAGAUGGGCGUGGCUUCAGCAGGAUUAUCUUGUGCAGACAACUUUCCCAAAGCCUGCAGCGAGGUGAAAACAAGUUAAUAUGUGCUGGUAAUUUACAUCACGUCAUUUACAUCUUUUUAAACAUUAAUACACAUCAUUAUAUAUCCAAAGUGCAAUUUAGAGGAAUUGAAUAAUUCAAAAAUGAAUAACUAAUAACUGAACAAAUAAUGCAUAGAUUAAACUUAAAUAUCAAAAUUGCAUUAAAUAGGACCACAACAUCAGAUAUUUCACUUAGACCUGCAAUGAAUGCAUACCAUUGGAAACAGACGGCUAAAAUAUUGCUUAAUUUUACUCCAUAAUUUUUUUUUUAAGUCAAACAUUGGCUGUAUUUUACAUAUUUGAAUGUAAUUUUUGGCCAGCUCGACCCACCAGUUGAGAAUCACUGCUUUAGCGGGAGAUGGCGACGGCCCCACAACACACAGAAACCGCGCUUGUCACGCUCGCCUGACGACGGGGCAAAAUGCUAGACUGUGAAUACGAUCCAUCUCUUCCAUUCAUUAUUGGUGAGCUCCUAUAUAUUUUAUACAUUUAAAACGUGUGUGAGGCAUAUUUAGGGCAAAUCGGAGAACGUAGAGCUAGCAGAAGAGCUUGGAAGUGGAGGAGACCAUCUGCUGGUUGGCUCGGAACGUAACGUCUGCGAUGAGCGGGGAUCUACUGUAUAUACCUUGGGAUAUUGGAUCCAUCCUGUAAUGAUGCCACUAUUUAUCAUGGAAUUUGUUCCCACAGUGCAUUAGCAUGUGAAAACAUAGCAACGCACAACAUGAUAUUAUCAGAGCAUACUGUUUCUCAUUUGAAUGUGGCAAAAGUAACAAUAUCAUCACGUUGCAUUAUGAGAACAGCAAGAGGUGAUUUUGUCAAUCAGUUGAUUUACCUUGAAUGCUAAAAAUGCAAUAUGACUUAAGGCAAACGGGGUUUCUGUGCAUGUAAAAAUAUCCAAUAAUAUGCUGGUGGGGAGGACACACACGCACGGAAAGUUGGAAAAAAUGAAAGCAACAGUGACAGUCUGCUCUGCCACAGAAAAUGAGGACUGAGUCAGGAAUUUUCCUAUGGGAAGGUGGUUAUUAGUUAUUAGGAACCUAAAGUGUCUCUCCUGUCUUUGGUGUCAUGUUCAACAAUAUAAACAACAUACAUGGGUAAGGGAGAGAGAAAUGAACCAUCCAACUGUGUUUAUUGGACUGUUUUCCAAGUGCCUUGGAGCUUACAUUAUCUCUCUCUCUCUCUAUGUACACACACACACACACACACACACACACACACACACAUAUACAACAAUGCAUUUAGAAAACAUUGAAGCACUAAUAAUGAUUGAAAGUGUAUAUUUGGAGACAUUCUGCUUGCUAACAUUUGCAUUUCUGGGCUCUCAGUAUUACCUCCUCAGUCCCAAUGGACACACACACACACACACACACACACACGCAUAUACACAUGUAUACAAAUACACGGCACUGGCCAGAUAACGCAAACUGUUGUUUGUAGAAUUUGUACAGAGAAAUGUCUUUUUUAAUGUUAUUAUUAUUUAAUAAAGGCGAAAUAACUAGU